GGGUCUCGGGAACCGGUCCCUAGCUGCUGUGCUGCGCAUGUGCAGUUCAUCUUCAUUGUUCGCUCCCGCGUCCCGCUGCGCUCGGAGGAAUCCCUCAGAUCCUCAGGGUCCACUCGUCGCUCAGAGACCCGGUGCCCAGCCUCUGCAGCUCUCCAGGGACAGAUGGACAUGAACACAGCCCAGGGACAAGUGUUGUUCAAAGAUGUGUGUGUGACCUUCACUCAGAAGGAAUGGCAGUUGCUGGAUGCUGCCCAGAGGCACCUGUACAGGGAGGUGAUGCUGGAGACCUACAGGCACCUGCAAGCCGUGGGCUGCAGUGUAAGCAAACCUGAGCUGAUACGCAAGUUGGAACAGGGAGAAGGUCCUUGGGAAUCUCCAGGUCGCAGCCUCUUAGAAGUCUGGGGAGCCAAUAACAUGGCAACAAGCCAAGGAAAUGAAGACGAAUACUUGAGUCAAGUUUUAUUUGUCAACAACAAAACACUAACUAAGAAGAAAAGCAAGGAUCUAAAAGAAAUAGUUUAUCUGACCACAAACUCAGUGGCCUCAAGAGAAAGACACUGUAAGUGUCACUCAACAAGCUUGGGAAAUGUUGAAGGACUAAUUACUGAUAACACAAACUAUGCAAAAAAGUUUGAUGGUUUAGGAGAGUCUAAGUCCCUUGAAAGUAAGCUUGGAAAAGAUCACAUAGGAAGCAAAACCUGGGAAGCUGAUCAAAGAAAGAGACCCCACAGUCCUUUCGAGGGUUUUGCUCCACGUCAGAAGGCCUUGCAUUCGGAGCAGCUUCUUGGAUAUUCAAAUUCUGGGAAGACCUCAGACAGAAAGACAGGCUCUGUUAUGCACGAGGCAGCUCACACAGGACAGGAUAGUAAAUGCAUGCAAGUCACCGCCCACAAGCUCAGGUUCCAGUCUUUUCUAAGAACCCUUCGAGAAAGGAAGGCACAAGAGGCCAACAAAGGUGGGAAAUCCUCAUGUGUGAAGUCAAAACAUGAACAUUCAAGAACUCACCCAAGGGAGAAGCACUGUGGAUGUGAUACGCUUGAGAAAUCCUGUCGUGAGAAGUCAGAUCUUAUCCGACAUGAAAGAGUGCAAUCAGGAAGAAAGACUGGCGAACGUAACGCAAGUGAGGGAGCCUUAAGAAACUCACCCCACAGCCAAAAUGGGAAAAUGCACGUCGGAGAAAAUUCAUGUGAGAAAUAUAGGGAAACCCUUCAUGGAGAGACAUGCCUUACUAAGAACCGGAGAACCUGCACAACAGAAGAACCCAAGUGUGCCGACAGCCACACAGCCUUAAAGAAGUCACGCCCAGCCCUAACUCAGAGAACUACCCCCAAAGAGAAAAACCGCAAAGGUAACGAAUGCAAGACAUCCCCGACCGCCGUCCUCAAGGGAUCCAAAUGCACUCAGCGUCAGGGACCAUCCCUGGAGGAGGAGCCUGAUGAGGGGGAGGAAAGUGGGAGAUCACCCCUGGGUGAAAACCAGAGUGCUUGCCAAGGUCCGAAAGCCCAUGAGUGUCGCAGAUGUAAGGAAAGCUGUGCUAAGAAAGCAGGUCUUACCCAACACCAGAGCUCACACCCGGAGAGCAAACCCUACGCUUGUCACGAGUGUGACAAGUCCUUCCCAGUGAAGGCAAACCUCACCGAACACCAGAGGACUCACACCGGAGAGAAACCAUAUGAGUGCAGCGAGUGUGGGAAGUCCUUCUGCCAAAAAUCCGCCCUCAAGAUACACCAGAGAACCCACACGGGGGAGAAACCUUUCAAGUGUAACGAGUGUGGGAAAACCUUCUGCGUGAAAUCGAACCUGACACAGCACCAAAGGACUCACACCGGAGAGAAGCCUUACAAAUGCAGCGAGUGCUGGCGAUCUUUCUGUGUCAAGUCCAACCUCGUCGUGCAUCAGAGAACCCACACAGGAGAAAAACCCUACAAGUGUCCCGAGUGUGGGAAAACCUUCUACGAGAAAUCUGCCCUCACCAAGCAUGAGCGGAUUCACACCGGGGAAAAACCCUACGAGUGCAGUGAAUGCAAGAAAAGCUUCAGCCAGAGGUCAGCUCUUACCAAGCAUCAGAGAAAAAAACACAAGAAGAAAGCGUCUUCCAGUAGCCUUCAUGGGCAGACACCAGAACCGACGAGUGAAGCUCGCUGAACAUCAACAAAAUCCAAGGGUGGGCCUGAUGCUACCAUGGCAACAGAUAUAGGAAAGCAUUCACUAACUGGUUAUAAGUGAUAGAAGCGAGACAAUUAAUGUAGGAUUGAAAGCAUAAGAAUGUUUCAAAUACAUGAAUGCUUUCAACAGGUAUUCAAUGUUGUUGAAGGAAAAAAAAUCUAAACUUUUAAUGAAUAUGGAGAAAAAUGUCCUUGUGGAAAUAUUGUCUAACUAGAAGUUAUAUUUCAGAUGUGACGUGAAACUCAUUACAUGACAGAUAACAGAACGCCAUCUGUUCUUAACAGAAAAUGAAAUAUGGAUCUUUCAUAACAAGGAUAAUUUCGGCUACUGAUUCAGUUGUAAUAAACAGCCAUCUUUUGCCUACCCAUCUUGAUUUUCUUCAGCAUAUUCUCUCCUUUGCUUCCUAGAAGUUUAUUUAAUUUUUUCCAUAAUAAAGAGGACAUUGACCAAGAAAAAAGAACUACAGUGGAAAAGGCCAAAAAAAAGUUUAGGAAUCUAAGCAAUGAAAGUAAAGAAGAUGCCAGGAACAGCUAAUGGAAGCAACAUGAGCAAGGAAUCUCUAUGUCAAAGAUGGGGUCAUUUAAUGCUGAGUUAAAAAGAUUGUGCAGUGGCCAGCAAGGUGGCUCGGUGGUAAGGGCUCUUGCUACACAAGCCUGAGGACAUCAGUUGAUUCCUGGAACCUAUGUAAAGGUUGUCCUCUGACUCCAAACAUGCACUGUGGCACACACAUGUUCACAUGCGCGUGC